AUGGCGGGAUAUCAAGGACCCAAGUUAUCUGAAACCAACAAGACUCCACAAUGGGAGAUUAUCGCAGGGCUAAUUAACGGAAAAACUGUGGAUGACUGCAAAAUUCAAUGGAACCACCUCCGUAAUACGUUUCGCGAAAAAUACAAAAUCAUCGUACUAAAACCUAGCGGAGCUGAGGCCAAGCAGGCAAGAAAGUGGUGCUGGUUCGACAGGUUGUUUUUCCUCCGCGAUGUCUUCGCAUUUGCUAAUACGGUUGACAGCACUGCGGUUGUUGUUGAGAAUCAAGAAGAAGGAAUUGAACAAGGUGGAGAGAUCGAAGAAGGACAAUCUCCGGAUACCACGCCAGCAGUUUUGAACGACGAAGACUUUGAUCCUCGCACGCCUGCCAGCACGUCGUCUGCGACUAGCAACGCUUUUGUUGUCUCAAGCUGUCUACCAGAAAGCAGCGGGUUAAUGACUUCCCAAUCUAGUGAAAAAGCUUAUGUGGGGAUACAAUCCAGCGGCAAAAAACGAAAGAAAGGUACUGCGCUAGACAAGCUCUUGGCAGACAUGGACAAGUCUAAUCGUGUCGACGCUGAGAACACGCGAAGUUUGGUUGAAGUGCUGUCGUCGUCCAUCAGCACAUCUGCAAAGGAGAUUUCUGAUGAAGAGCUGUUUGGAAAAUGGGUCACCACAACUCUGCAAACUGCCGAACCAGCGCACCGGCCGAAGUAUAAAAGACAGAUUCGGGAAGUUAUUGCAAAACUUGCUUUGGAAUGUCUUGAAGAAUAUACUAUGUAG